CGGAUUAUGGGAAAAAGGCCGACAUGGCUGCUCUCAGAUUCUUCUAUGCUGCAAAUAAUUGCGUACAUCUUACUGGAUCAGCUUUUAUUUAUGGAGUUAUGAUUGUGUAUGUCAUAUUGUCAUGUAUGUGUCGGAUGUAUCCGUAGGCGUAGAAUGGUAGAAUCGUGCGGCGACACGACACAGCUGAUUCACUCGAUUAUUUACCGGAACAAAAAAUGAACAACCGUUUGUAAUAACGGAUGUACCUUGUUAAUUGAGAAAGUUCAUGUUGGAGGGAUUCCGUUCAAACAUGGGAUGCUGUUAUAGUUUCUGCAAAGAGGACAACGGACCGCAGAGUGGAGAAGCAAACGAAAGAACACAUUUGUUGGUAGAUCCUGUCAGUAAUAAUACAAACAUACCGAGAGUACACAGUGAUGAUUAUGUUAACCAAUAUGCAAGUUCUGUGCCUAAGAAAACAGAUGAGCAGAGUGCAUUGAAUAGGAUUUUACAUGAAACUGCAGCCAAUGUCAUAGAUGUUGGUGCGUUGGACACACAUAAUCUAGAACAGCAUGAAUACAUGGACAGAUCUCGUGCGUAUUCAAAGAGAAUAGAAUCAGGUCGAAUUAAAUUUCCUGAGGCUGCAUCUUGUCUACUUAAGGAUAUACCUGCUCCAGAACGAAUAUUGGCAGCCGAUCCGCUCGCUACUGAAGAUCAAGAAUUGAUUACAGAAAUGCUCAACAAGGCUGUGACAGCAUUAGGCGAUGUAAAAGUCGAACACAAGGAGGAUUUGGUGGUUCCGUUUCUAUCGUGAUUGUUAAAUUUCUCAAAUUAAUUUAUAAUUUCAUUUCAUUUGACUGGAACCCUGACAUCAUACGGUAUUAAAAGAGGAUAUAUUUGUCAGAAAUAAAUCGACCUAAGUCCGAAUUACAACUCUAGCUUAUUAUGCUAAGACGAAGGAUCGAUUUUAAUAUGUAAUGUAUUAUACAGAAUGUUAAAUUACUACUACUGUUUAUGCUUGCUACGUACCAAUAGCUUUAAGAUUAUUGAAUAUAGAUAUACAUUUUUCUUUUA